AUGGGCAUGUCACAAUGGUGGAUUGGCAUUGGCGUGACGGUCGCUAGCAAUGUGGUCAUCUCGCUAGCGCUAAACUGCCAGAAACUGGCGCAUAUGCGCCUUGAUGCCGAGGCUGUAGGCCCUGAUUCGGAGCAUACAGCGCUGCUUCGCGCGCGGACUACCAGAGUGAGCUAUCUGCAAAGCAAGCUUUGGUGGCUUGGGCUUGCCCUGAUGUGCGUCGGCGAGACGGGCAACUUUUUCUCGUAUGGCUUUGCGCCUGCAUCAUUGAUUGCACCGCUUGGUGCGGUAGCACUACUGGCGAACGUGCUUAUUGCGCCGGCAUUGCUGCACGAAAAGACGCUUUGCAAAGACAUUGUGGGGAUAUGCUUUGCGACACUCGGCGCGGUAACCGUAGUGAGCAGUGCCGCACCGCAGACAAGUGUCCCUUUGCGUCCCUCAUCAUUGUGGGUUGCAAUGGCGCGCCCAGUCUUUGUUGCAUACGCCGUGCUCGCAAUAUGCGGCGCAUUGGCGCUUAUAUGGUUCAGCCGCACCGAGUCCGGUAAACCGUCUGUGAUUGCACACGUCGGCGUGUGUGCACUGUUCGGCGGAUUUACCGUGCUUGCGACGAAAGGUGUCUCUUCUUUUCUUGUGCUGGGUGCCCGUGCGGGGCACAGGGCAUGGGUGCUCUACGAGCCACUUUUCUAUAUGUUGGUCGCGGUGAUGCUUGUGAGCGCCGUAGCACAGCUCCUAUUUUUGAACAAGGCGUUGCAGCGAUUUGGCUCACAGCAAGUGAUCCCGACCAUGUUUGUCCUGUUCACCAUCUCGACGAUCGUCGGCUCGGCGGUACUGUACCGCGACUUUGAGCGCAUGUCGUGGGGACACGUUGUGCUGUUUGCUACAGGCUGUGCACUCACAUUCCUGGGUGUAUUUGUGCUUACUUCAGAGCAUGCCUUGGACGACGACGACGUGGAAGCGCCGCACGAGCCACACGCGACUGGCCAUGCGCCGCUGCAAACCGCAGCAUCUUUGCCCAACGCCAUGCGUCCUCUACGCCAGAGCAGCCUCGCGAAUAUUGCUGCAGCACUUGUCGAGCACUCGCAGCAGUAUCUGCACGGCCCCUCUGUGCCGCAUCUUAUCCAUCCUAACCAGCGUGGAUUGCAUCGCUCUACUUCGCUCACUGAUUUGCGCGAAGACGCGCACGGAUUGCGCCAACAGCAUACCAUGCUCGGCCUCAGCCCGGGACUGCACCUUUUCCUAGGCAACACUCACCCAUUGGAUGCUGCACAGAUGGUGUCGCGUACUCCGUAG